GCGCGCCCCAAAUCGGAUUACACACAGUGAACAGCUCCACGGUGCUGAAACUAGCCAGCACACUAGAACCCGACACACACACAUAACAUGAGGCCAAGAGCUAAAGGAAUCCACUGGACACUUUUUGCACUUUAUUGCCUGCUGGCUUAUGCCUUUGCCCAAGAUUUCGGCCCGACGCAGUUUAUCUGCACGUCCGUGCCCAAAGACGUGGACAUCUGCACGGCCACGCUGCAGAACAAUGUUCCCGGGGAGGAGCUUAGAGCCACGGUCAUGCAGCUCAGGGAGACGGUGCUCCAGCAGAAGGAAACCAUCGUAAACCAGAAGGAGACCAUCAAAGAGCUCACGGCUAAACUGGCACGCUGCGAGAGCCAAAGCGCCCCUGAGGCUGGAGGAGGAGGGGGAGGUGGGAGGCGGAAGGAUUCGGGCUCCAAAAACACCAUGGGGGACGUGUCAAGGGGUCCAAGUGCGACACUCGCGCAACUCUCUCAGACUUUGCAAAAUCUGAAGCAAAGAUUAGAAAACCUAGAGCAAUUCAGCCGAAGUAACGGCUCGGUUCCAGCCAACAGCCUAAAGGAUCUGCUGCAGAGCAAAAUCGACGACCUGGAGCGCCAGGUGCUCGCCCGCGUUAACGCUGUGGAGGAAGAGGGCAGACCGGCUGCGCGCAACGAGAGCGCGCAACGCGGGCAAGUAGAAGCUACGCUUACAUCUCUGCACCAGCGCCUCAGCGACCUGGAGAAAGGUCAAAAGGAAGCCAGACCUCUGGACAAAUUCCAGUUGACGUUCCCCCUGAGAACCAAUUACAUGUAUGCGAAAGUGAAAAAGAGUCUGCCAGAAAUGUACGCCUUCACCGUGUGCAUGUGGAUUAAAUCGAAUGCGUCGCCUGGAGUGGGAACGCCAUUCUCAUAUGCUGUACCUGGUCAGGCCAACGAGUUAGUUCUUAUUGAGUGGGGAAACAACCCAAUGGAGAUUCUUGUUAAUGACAAGGUUGCAAAGCUACCUUUUCUCAUUAAUGAUGGAAAAUGGCAUCACAUCUGUGUUACGUGGACGACACGUGAUGGAGUGUGGGAUGCCUUUCAAGAUGGCGUGCUGAGAGGAAGUGGGGAGAAUCUGGCACCAUAUCAUCCAAUUAAACCUCAAGGCAUGCUCAUUUUAGGACAAGAACAGGACACUCUUGGUGGAGGGUUUGAUGCUACUCAGGCAUUUGUGGGCAACAUGGCAAAUUUUAAUAUCUGGGAUCGAAAACUGACUGUAGGAGAGAUUUAUAAUCUGGCAACAUGCAGCAGCAAAGCACAAGUGGGUAAUGUCUUCUCCUGGCUGGAGACCAGCAUUGAGAUCUAUGGUGGAGUAUCCAAAUGGACCUUUGAAGCUUGCCGCCAACUGAACUGAACUUAAGGGAAUUAUAAAGCUACCAAGAAGUCAUCAUCACAUCAUUUAUAAGCUAUGGAGAGAACAUUGCUACAAAACAAAUAUCAUCUGGAUUUUUUUUGUCAGUAAUUGAGAAUUCUUAGAACACUUGAGAAAUGUUUUUUGUUUGUGAAAAGAAAUCCACGUCUAUUUUGGAUUUUGAACCCGAAGAGAAGCCUGAAAGGGUUUGUAUUUUGCAUUGUUACCCCUAACUUUUCUGAUCUUCUGCUGGGCAAAUGAUGCCUUACUGAACAGUUAGCCUACUUGACACACAACAGCAAAGGUGUCUGAUUCUUAUCAUAUGAUUUAUCAAUAGUGCACAACGGCAGGUAUAUUUGCAUUAAAUUUAUGAUGUCACAUCUAGUUUUCCAUAAAAGAAUAGAACUGCCAUUUUCACUGUGAACAGUAGGGUAAUAAUAAUAAAAAAAGAAUGUAAAUUCAAGAACAAAAAAGUGAAAUCACAUUUUCUUUCCCUUGUAAUUUUUCUUUUCAUGUCAUGUGUGUGUGUGUGUGUGUGUGUGUGUGUGUGUGUGUGUGUGUGUGUGUGUGUGUGUGUGUACGCAUGUGCGUGAAAAGCUUUGGAGUUGCCAACAUUUUACAAACCUGUGUGCCUUUGGGCUCUUGAAAAAAUUUAAAGUUUAUUAUUUAAUAUUUGCAAGUACCUGUAACAUGUGUGUUUAUUUCCUUGUGUAAUUACAGAUUAUGAAAACAGUAUUAAUUAUUAUCAUAACAGUAUAUUUGGCAGUCAUUGCACAUUUGUCUAAAAGCACAUGACCCAUAGCGUGUUUGACAGGUGUUUCUAUUUUGUAAGGAAUGUUCUUUACAGGAAAAUAGCAUGAUAGUCUUAACUACUACAGCAGCAUCAACAAUCAAAUCUGCUUUUCCUAUUCUCUUUUUGGGUUCAGAUUUUAUACUGUAUUGUUCUAUGCUAAAAGCAUGGCAGCACUAAAAUAUGAAAAAAGAUCUAAUGUUUGUAAUAAAAUUGUGAUACCUAAAU